UCCAGUGGUUUAGAUAUUUACAUAUUUGUUAAAAACAAAGGAACUUAGGACUACCCUUGUUAAGAUUUCAGAGAACCUUAUAAUCACCAAACCAAUCUGUGGUUUUUUAAAAAAUAAUAAUAUUGUAACUAAGAAGUGCAUACAAUAUAAGAAAUUGCUGUUUGUGAUAUUUUACAUAUCCUUAGCAAGUCACUUGUACAGAAAACAAAAAGCAAUAUCCUUACUUGAGCUUUUUUGCUACCAUUACCACUUACAGUGAUCCCAGAUUUUGUUUUUGCAAAAUAAUCUGAAUAGUACUUGGAAACCUUGUCUCACAAAGAGUUAAACAAAGCACAGAAAUAUACUUCAACAAAAAGAAUCAAAACAAUACUGUGACCUAAAGAAAGCUUCACUUGCCAAAAGUUAUACACUAAUAAGUUGCGACUAAAUCCAGAUCACCCAAUUCUAUGUCUCAAGUACCUUCAUUUACAAAGAGAGAGGGCCAACUAUAGUAGGGUGGGGUUUGCAGAAUUCUAACACUGACUCUGCUGUUAACCUACUUAGACUUUUUGAAGUCACUAAAUUUCUCUGUGCCUUGGUUUCCUCUACCAUACGGGGCUAUUCUGAUGAUAAACAUAAGCAAAUACUUGAAUUUUUUGGCAGAAAAGCACUAUAUAUAUUUCCACUAUGUUAAUAAUUUCCUCAUCCCCACCUCAAGUUUCAUUGAUGCUAACUGAUGCUAACAUGUUUUUCUGGGUUUUUAGUUUUAAGCUUAAAAUAACAUUGUGAGAGAGAGUGUGUGUGUGUAUCAGCCAUCUCUUAACAUGGCUAUCAUUCUAACAAGAUUCUUUUUUCUGACUUUCAAAAUGCAUAAAAAUAGCAUAACAUUUUCAUUUUUAGUAUUAUCAAAGCCUUGCCACCCAAGGCUGUGCAUAAUAUUUGAGAAAUUCACAACAAAAUUUUCCACCACAUUGCUCUCAACUUCUAUAGAAAUGCAAUUAAAAACUCAUAUACUAGUCAGCCAUUGCCCUAUAAAGCUUAAAUAAUACCAGUGGAAGAUUAUAAAAAUGCAUUUUGCUUUUCAAAAUAAGAGAAUAAUUCCAAUUAUAAAUAAAAAACCUAGCAUACAUUUUGAAAAAUGAAUACUAACAGUCCUAAAAUAAUGGAGAUAUAUGAUUUAUAUUCUAAAUAAUUCAACCAUCUGCAAUUGUCUUCCAUUUUGUCAAGAGACAGAAUCCGGCCACUUGAUAUACUUAAGUCCAAAAAAAUUAUCCUAACUAUUAAUAGAAACUUAUUUAUAGGUAACCAAAAUUAAUAGAAAAUUUAAUGUUAAAAUAUUUUAGAUUCAAUACUUAAACCAUUAUUUUUAUUUUGAAAGUAUAUCUUAAAAUAACUUUACAACUUACAGACAUUACUUUUUCCUUUGACACAUCUAUUUACUAACAACAUUAGCAUGCAGCUACAUAUUUAAUAUAAUAUUUAAGAAGUAGCAAUCCACUCAGAAAUGUGCCCAGGUCAAAAACAGAACUAGCCAAUUGAAGUAAAAUAUUAUGGCACAUGAUCAGUAUAUACCUACCAAAUGAAAGGAUUACCAAAGGAGAAGACCAAAUAGUCAUCUCCAAAAGUAAUGCAGAUGAUUAAAGUUUUACCCCUGAGACUAUGCUAUCAGCAAUGAAAUUUUAAAAUAUAUAUAUUUUAGGGUAUAAUCACCUUAUAGCAAUUUGAUUAAUAUUUUGCAUGAAUGAAUACCCAAAUGAACGAGUACUUAAGUUAUGGCAACGUUUAACACCUUGAGAUGUUCACAACAAUUUGGAAUACACAGAGAAGAUGACUCGAAUACAAACAAACUAGUUGAAAUUCAAUGUGGCUCACAGUAAAGAUGCAGUGGGUUUCUAUUUGUAGAACAAAGAAUCUCAACCAAAAACAUAUAUAGAUUAAAAUGUUCUCAAGUGCAAUUAUCAAGGCUUUAAAAGGAAUAUGUACUUUUUACUAUGUAAGUCUUUCUUGCUCCCCAACCUCCCUGAAAUUUUUAAUGUUUGGCAUAAGUGACCAACAAACCAGAAUAGAACAUACAUUUUUAAAAUACUAAUUUACACACAUUCUAUUUAAGAAAAACAUACAACCACUUAUAUAUUUAGUCUUUUUUUAAAAAGCAUCCUUAUAUAAAACAGUGGGGGGGGGGGAAAUCCCUGCUAUACAUAUGAAGCACAGUUUAAGCCCAAUACAACUGACCAAUCAAAAUUAGUGAAUGCACUGCAUCUCUCUGCAGUGGAGAGAAGCGACAAGGUAGGCUGUCAUUCUGCAAAAGCUGCCCAGAACAGGCUUUCCUCUGAAAAGCAGUGCCGUUCCUUUUUGGAAAGACUGAAUCUAAAUGUUGUCUCUGGAGACAAGAAGCCUUCAGUAUGUUAAAUUACUUCAUUAUGUAUUUUCAGAUGCUUAUUGAUUCCACAGUAGGAAGAGUGAGAGACUGCAGCAGCCUCUAAGCAGCACUACAUGUUCCAUACAUUAGCAGUACUGCUGAAACAAUGGCACAGUACAGACACAUAUUUUCAUUAAGGUCAUUUUCGAAGAGAUGUUUAUGACCCUCUUCCCUCAGUCCUCUACUAACAAGUGAACAAAAUGAAUCAAUCAAAACUGGAAAUGCUUCAACUACAUCAAGAAUGUAUCAAAUCUUUAGCAGAGGGUCCACAGCAGCUAAUUCAGUAUUUACAACCGAUUAUAUGAAGAAUGCAAUUGACUGAGCUUCUCCCUAGCUGUCUGAACCACGGACUGCAAGAUAUCCUGUAAUGCAUGAUUUUAAGACAUUAAGGAGUUAAAACCAGGGAAAAGGUCUACAUUACUGUUGGAAUAUAACAAAUGGACAGCAUCCUAAGAAGCUACUACAUAAAAUAACCACAGAAAGAAAAAUAAUACAACCAUAAAAGCCUGAAAACAAAAUGGUGAGCUUUUUUAAAGAAGUUGUUCAUACUUUAACAUACCAGAAUUGUGGAAGCUACUGAUUCUUGAAUAAUGAAACAUGAGUUUACAAAAGGAAAAUGACAUACUUUACCAGCAAGCAAAAUGAAGCUUUAACAAGUGUUUUCUGCACUAGAUAUUCAGAUAGUCAUAUCAAUUGAUGUGGACUAAUGGAUUUUUCCAUCUGAGUUUUAUGACCAAUUAUGUAUCCUCUUCUAAUGAAAACAAACCAAAUUAAGUGGCAGAUGCUUUUUAUCAAAAAAACAUGGACUGGAUUUAUAAUAUAAAGCAAGUUAUGUGAUCAAGAAAUCAUUUCAAAAUAAUAAGGACUGCUAAAGAAACAGAUUUAUAAUUGUAUCAAAAGGAUGUCUAAAUUUAUUUUAGAAGUUAGAAACCUUAUGUUUCCUUUUUUGUUUUCACAUAUUCUGGAAAAUAAAGAGACUAUCAUAUACUCCCUCAAAGGGAAACAUAAUUCCUAUCAUUUGAGGAAGUUUCUCUUGGUCGUGACUUUUUAAGGCAAAACAAACACAAAUAUGUACUGUUUUUAGAAAUUUAUCAGCCAACUAAAUCUCAUAAUUCAUGCAGUUGAAGUGUUGGAGAGAAAAUGAGAGAAUUCCUACAAGACAUGAAAUAAAACACAGCUACUUCAUUGUUGUCAGGUAAAAAGUCAUGUUAAAAUUUGUGAAUGACAUCAUGUAUCAAUUUGUGAAAAACUGCCAUAGUGAGACAAAAGGCCAAUAAGGCAACAGCAAACAGGGGAAAAAACCAACUGCUCCAAAAGAAUGUGUUUUUCUCCCAUUCUGGAAAUCAACAUGCAGUCUGAAUCUAACAUUACAGUGCGAGAUGACAUUGAUGACAUCAACACCAAUAUGUACCAACCACUAUCAUAUCCAUUAAGCUUUCAAGUGUCUCUCACCGGAUUUCUUAUGUUAGAAAUUGUGUUGGGACUUGGCAGCAACCUCACCGUAUUGGUACUUUACUGCAUGAAAUCCAACUUAAUCAACUCUGUCAGUAACAUUAUUACAAUGAAUCUUCAUGUACUUGAUGUAAUAAUUUGUGUGGGAUGUAUUCCUCUAACUAUAGUUAUCCUUCUGCUUUCACUGGAGAGUAACACUGCUCUCAUCUGCUGUUUCCAUGAGGCUUGUGUAUCUUUUGCAAGUGUCUCAACAGCAAUCAACGUUUUUGCUAUCACUUUGGACAGAUACGACAUCUCUGUAAAACCUGCAAACCGAAUUCUGACAAUGGGCAGAGCUGUAAUGUUAAUGACAUCCAUUUGGAUUUUUUCUUUUUUCUCUUUCCUGAUUCCCUUUAUUGAGGUAAAUUUCUUCAGUCUUCAAAGUGGAAAUACAUGGGAAAACAGGACACUUUUAUGUGUCAGUACAAAUGAAUACUACACUGAACUGGGAAUGUAUUAUCACUUGCUAGUACAGAUCCCAAUAUUCUUUUUCACUGUUAUAGUAAUGUUAAUCACAUAUACCAAAAUACUUCAGGCUCUCAAUAUUCGAAUAGGCACAAGAUUUUCAACAGGGCAGAAGAAGAAAACAAGAAAGAAAAAGACAAUUUCUCUAACCACACAACAUGAGACUACAGACAUGUCACAAAGCAGUGGUGGGAGAAAUGUAGUCUUUGGUGUAAGAACUUCAGUUUCUGUAAUAAUUGCCCUCCGGCGAGCUGUGAAACGACACCGUGAACGACGAGAAAGACAAAAAAGAGUCUUCAAAAUGUCCUUAUUGAUUAUUUCUACAUUUCUUCUCUGCUGGACGCCAAUUUCUGUUUUAAAUACCACCAUUUUAUGUUUAGGCCCAAGUGACCUUUUAGUAAAAUUAAGAUUGUGUUUUCUAGUCAUGGCUUAUGGAACAACUAUAUUUCACCCACUCUUAUAUGCAUUCACUAGACAAAAGUUUCAAAAGGUCUUGAAAAGUAAAAUGAAAAAGCGAGUUGUUUCCAUAGUGGAAGCUGAUCCUAUGCCUAAUAAUGCUGUAAUACACAACUCUUGGAUAGAUCCUAAAAGAAACAAAAAAAUUACCUUUGAAGAUAGUGAAAUAAGAGAGAAAUGUUUGGUACCACAAGUUGUCACAGACUAGGGAAAAGUUUAAGUUUCACAAAAUCCACAGUCAGAUGAGUUUUAAAUUUAACUUGUAAAAAAAUGAAAUUACUGCCAAAUAUAAGAAAAAAAAUUUAAGUAUUGGUUAUGUUGUAAAUUUUCAAUGUGAAUGUCAAUUAGAUUAGGUCAUAUAUAUUCAAUUUCUUCAUUAUUUAAUGUAUUUGUUGCAUGGCAGUUUGUUAAAGUAAUAUCAUAUGUAUAUUUUGUCAAUAUUAUGUCCAUCAGAAGAUAUUCAUGUAAGUCAUAUUUUCUAAAGAAUAAAUACAUAGCCUUAAAACAGUG